ACAGUGUGGGGACAAAGGAGCAAGACACAGCGGAAGGGAUUGUACAGUGAACUUUCAAACAGUAGUGCUAUUGAAGAUAGCAUCAAACAAAUUAGUCGUCCGGCAAAACAGUAUUGGAUUCUAGUGUCUCCCAGUCGCUACAAAUGAGAGAAUGGGACUUUCAUUUGCCGCGGUGAGCAGCCCUACCAGCUAAACCUGUGUGCUUCACGGCCGACCGUGGUGUGUUUACCCGGGUCAUAUUCGGUCUACAAACCUGAGGCUUUCAGUUAGACGACAGGCCGGAUCACUCCACUGUCUCUUGUGCAAGGUAACCCUGCUCACCCCCUGGAGCGGGCAGAGCCGGUAAGAUGGGCGUAAAGACCUUCACGCACAGCUCGCCCACGCACAGCCAGGAGGUGCUGGAGAAGCUGAACGCCCUGCGCAGUGCGGGGCAGCUGUGCGAUGUCACGGUACGCGUCCAGGACAAGGUGUUCAUGGCCCACAAGGCAGUGCUGGCCUGCUGCAGCGACUUCUUCCGCUCCAAGCUGCUGGGCCGGCCGGACGAGCACCACGACGUCCUCGACCUCCACCACGUGACGGUGAGCGGCUUCACCCCCCUGCUGGAGUACGCCUACACCUCCACCCUCUCCAUCAACACCGAGAACAUCAUCGACGUGCUGGCAGCCGCCAGCUACAUGCAGAUGUUCGCCGUGGCCAGCACCUGCUCCGAGUUCAUGAAGUCCAGCAUCCUGUGGAAUGCGGGCGGGGCGGGGGGAGGGGCUGCCGGGCAGGAGAAGCCGCGGGACUCCGCCUCCGAGGCCACGCCCGCCUGCACCCUGACCCCGCUGGACGGCAGCAGCCUGUCACCCGUCUCUUCCGAGUGCAGCGUGCUGGAACGGGCCGCGCCCGUCUGCCGCCAGUCCCGCCGCAAGCGCAAGGCCUUCGUGGUCAUGUCCCCCGAAAGCCCGCUCAAGUCCCCGCCCGUGGCCAACCCCUCGCCCUCCUUCCCCGAGGGCUCGGCCCAAACCGCCGACUCCUCGCUGGCCUUCCCCUGGACCUUCCCCUUCGGCCUGGACCGCCGCUUCCACCUGGACAAGGCCAAGCUCCCGGAGGGCCUGGAGCAGGCCGGGCCGUCCGCCGCCGCCCGCCGCCUGGCCGAGUACCUCACCUGCGAGGGCUCCAAGGAGGAGGAGGAGGACGUGCACGUGAAGGUGGAGCGUCUGAGCGACGAGGAGGCGCAGGAGGAGGCGCAGGAGGAGGCCUCGCAGCCCGUCAGCGCCUCGCACAGCUCCCUGAGUGACCAGCAGACGGUCCCCGGGAGCGAGCAGGCCCAGGAGGACCUCCUGAUCAGCCCGCAGUCCUCCUCUAUCGGGUCUGUGGACGAGGGCGUCGCUGAGGGGCUGUCUUCGAUACAGGGUACAUCCCACACGGGCGCCCACGCUGAAGAUGAUGACAGGUUGGAAAACGUUCAGUACCCUUAUCAUCUGUACAUAAGCCCCUCCAGCAGACCGGGGGCUAACGGCCCGGACCGGCCCUUUCAGUGCCCCACCUGCGGGGUGAGGUUCACCCGCGUUCAGAACCUCAAGCAGCACAUGCUCAUCCACUCAGGGAUUAAGCCCUUCCAGUGUGAUCGUUGCGGAAAAAAGUUCACCAGGGCGUACUCCCUAAAGAUGCACCGUCUGAAGCACGAAGUGACUUCCUCCUGCCCGACUACCUGAGCCAGGUGCAGGAGGAGGCCCUGGGGCAGUACGAGCUGGCCGACCAGAGCUUCCACAGCAGCCCCUCCGUCCAGAUGCCCGUCAUCUCCCAGGUCUCCUCCACCCAGAACUGCGACAGUGCCUUCCUGCUCGGCCCCCUG